AUGACAGCUGUGGUGUUGGUUGGUGGUUGUAGUGGUGGUGGUGGUGGUGGUGUAGCUGUAGAAUGUAGAGUGAUCACAUAUAAAUAUGGUUAUUAUCUAGUUGAUGGGACCUAUCCUGAGUAUGCAGUUUUUGUUAAAUCGUUUACGUGUCUAAAUGAUACUUAUUGGAAAAAAAUUCAAGAAAGAGCUGAGAAGGAUGUCAUGCGGGCUUUUGAAGCUCUCAAGAAAUGUUGGUUUAUAUUGAAAAAACCAGCAAUUUUUUUAAGCGGACAAAAAAUGCAUGAAGUCAUGUAUGCAUGUAUAAUAUUGCAUAAUAUGAUUAUCGAAAAUGAAGGAAGAGGGAUAUGUGAGUAUGAUGAAGAGGAAACCAUUCCCGCGACACAAGCAAUAGAAAUUAGGGGCGAUGAGUACAUUGAAAAGAGAGCAGAGAUUCGUUGCAAUGAAACAUAUCACAAUCUUCGUAUGGACUUGGUGGAACAAAUUUACGAGUUUCAACAUAUUAACCUCAGUUUGGAUCCAAAGGAUGACCCGAAAGAUGAUUCGGAUGACGACUUCAUUUAG